AUAGAUAAAUAAUGAAUAAUAGUACCUACAUGGUUUAAAUGCAUGGAUCUCAACACACUUUACAAAGGAAGUUCAGCAGCAAUACCCCCAUUUUACAGCCAGGGAAACAGCUUCACAGACAGUUUAACUGAAUCUGUGUGUGAGGGGAGAAAGCAAAAGUGACAAACUUUAAAUAUGUUUGUAUUAUUCACAGAAUGGCCAGCAGUCCUGGAAGUAAUGCAUCCCUCUCCGGUCAGAAAAUCGUACUCUCCGAAAGUUCUCAAGCAAAGAAAUCGCAGUAUUCUGAAGAGGAGACCUUUUAUAUGAACUGCAGAGCAGCCUACCUAGCUGUUUUUAAAAGCAGCUUAGAAAACAUUAAAUCAAAAGAACAACUGUGUUUAGUGCUUCAACAAGCUGGAAGAAAUCCAUCUCAGAAGGUGAUUCAUAAAUACUGGACUCCCCAAACUACCGCACUAAAUUUUGAUGAUUUUUGUAAUAUCUUAAAAAAAGAAAAACCAGCUACAGAAACCGAACUGCUCAAAGCAUUUUUAAAAGUAGAUGUAAAUAAUGAUGGAUAUAUUUUGCACACUGAACUUCAUAAAAUUCUAACAACGAGAGGUGAGAAGAUGACUGUAGAGGAAGUGAACGCCAUCACUAAACUGGCAGAUGUAAAUAGCAAUGGCAAGCUUUAUUACAACAAGUUUUGUAAAUUAUACACGACAACCAAUGAGCAAUGUCGUAAAACUGCACUUGAUAAACUAGAAGAUAACAGUAGACUGAGGCGUCAGCAGUUUGGAAGUCACGUUGAAACCUCCUCUCAAAGCGCAGCAUCAUCAAUAUCAAAACCGUCAUCAAGGACCACAAGGAAAAUUGAUCACAAGACGGCACCAAAGAGAGGUGAUAACAGAACUUCAAGGCCUUCGUCAGCCCAAAAUUGCAAAGCAUCCAUUUCUUCCAGUAUCAUCAUGGGCACAAUCAAUAACACAAAUUCAGAGCUCAUUGAGCCAAACACAUUAAAGGAUUGGCAGUGUGCACAGUCCAAAGGAUGCUUCUUCUUAGAGGAAGAUGGUGAAAUCAUUACACAUAAAUAUAGAUUGUACUUACCUCAAAGGUCAACAGUAUAUAUCACCAUUAAACCUUUAAACCUUAGCCAGUUAGAAGGAAAAACUUCUCUGUGGUUAUCAACGGACACAGCUUUAUAUGUUCUCAAGGAAAAUGAAAGCCAAGAAAACCUACAGCUCAUGGGCUUUACUGAAGUACGAAAUAAGGAGAUGUUUAAGUGGAAAGGUGAACUGGGAUCUGGUAUUUACUGGCUAAUUCCAUUCACAACUGGCUGUAGGCUCAAGAAGAUAAAAAACCAAAUUACUGGAGAAGCCAAACUUGUUUACAGAGAUGAAGACGGAGAGCUGGCCCUUACCAAAGAGUUCAAAGCAGCUUUAUCAGACAUAUUUGAAAUAAUUGAUUUAGAUGGAAAUGGCCUUGUAAGCCUGGAGGAAUAUAAUUUCUUUGAACUGAGGACUAGUGGUGAGAAAUGUGACGAGGAAGCCUGGGCUGUAUGCAAGGAGAAUUUUGACACAAAGAAGAAUGAGCUCACAAGACAGGGAUUUAUGGAUCUGCAUCUCAUGGAGGCCAAUGACCGUGAAGGGGACACUAGUGACCUCUGGCUCACUUUACUGUCACUGGGCUACAAUAAAGCACUGGAAAUGACAGAGGCAUGCCCUUUUGUCAUUGAUAUCUAUGCAGAAAAAUGCAAACCCAAAAUUAAAGCUAUUUAUCUGGAGGCAGGCAGCAGGCAACUUAACAAAGCCAUUUGCAAGUCUGUUGUUAACAAGGGAGAUGCCAAAGUACUGGAUAAUGGUGAAAGUAUAAUUGUCUAUACCUACAAAAGUGACACACGGAUCACUUCUGUUAUUGAAAAUAAGUCUGAAAACAAAGUGGUAAUUCAUGUCAACAAUGAGCAGAGUAAGAACUGUGUAAAUAAUAGGGGACUCAACAUUUUUGCUGUUGAAGUGGCACCAAAAUCCAUGAUGAUUUGUCAGCAUGUGAUGCCUCUGAACGAGCAAGAAGAAUGGAUAUAUAACUGUGUGCAUUCUCUCUUUCCUUAAACAUCGUGUUUAGAAGACAGUUCUCUCUCGGAGCUACUAAAACAAGAACUAAAUCAGGAUUGUCCUGUGAUUUAUAGAAAAUUGAUUAAUAUUGCCCACUUCAAAACUAAGACUGAUACAGAUCAUUUAUUUGAUCCCAGAGCUUCAGCUAUUGAAGCCAAUGAAUCAUGAGGGCUGAAUUCAGUCUUGUCGAGUUUCUCAUGGCGGAUUCCCUGACACGGCUGGUAGGGUUGAAAGAAGUAUCAACCGGGUCCACCUUCUGCAGCAGGAUCACAAACAUACGCUUUUUACAUAGAAUGAAUCAUUUAUGCUUUCAGUGUAUCCCAGAGAACCAGCGUGGUACACCCUCUUUUGAAUCCUUAGCUCAUCUUGUGUAGAAUGAUAGACAAGAGUCAUUUAUCUGGCAUGGAAGUGCAAGUUAUCAUUUCUCAGCUUUGCCUAACAAAUGUCAAGGCUUCCUCGGCCAGCAGUCUUUCCUGUAGCCUUCUGUGCAACUGCUUGUCCCUCUGACUGCUCGCUCCUUUUUAGAUAGCCCACCACUCUCUCGAACUCCUCUUGUCAUAAACUGAGUGCAUAUCUCUCCUCUUUACCUCACCCCAACACACCACCUCAAAUUUUGAUAUUACUUUUGACUCCUCUCCUCUUUUAGAUCUAGGUUUUUGGCCUAUCCAAUUUCUUCUUCUUCCAUAUCUCUUAAAAUCUGUCCUUGCCUCUCCAUCACUGCCACUGUGUUACAAAUCUGACCCUCUGUUAUCUUUUACCCAGAGCAGUGUAACUUCCCUCGCCACGCUUCUCUCCUUUCCACUGUCUCCAGAAAUAACGCUCCCUUAAUGGGCUUCCACGCUUUAUCCAGUUCAGACUCCUUGUGCUCCACUUUGAGUUGUGCCUCUGCACUCCUGACUACAUCUCUGCUCUGAUACCCUCCUGCACUUCUUUUCAUGCUCUCUGUUCGGUGUUUUUCUUCUCAGUGCUUGCUUUUUCUGCUUCUUCCAAUAUUGACUUCAUGCCUUUUUUCAUGCUUCAGUCUGUGUAGGACCGCACUACACAGACUAUACCAAUAUAGCUGUGUAACCUUUGUUGUGCCAGUAUAAGCCUGUGGUGUAGAUGCAGUUUACACUAACAGAAGAGAUUUUUCCAUCCAAGCUCCACUUCCCCAGUUGAGGGUAGCUGCGUCAAUGGAAGCACUCUUUAUUAAUGUUAGCCGUGUCUACACUGGGGGUUAGGCCCAUCUCGCUCCAAGACCUCCAGACAGACUUUUUAUUAUGAAGAACAUUUAUUUCCUAACAGAACCAGUGCUUAGUUAUUGCAAUGCUGUCUCUCUCUGAAAAAUUGCUAGUGUGGUGAGUGAGCCAUAAUGGAGGAAUGUUGAAAGUUUUAUGGAAUUAUGUAAUCAUGUGUAUUCCUUUCUCGCUUCCUUCGCUACAACCCUCUUGACCUUGUUAUGCAGCUGGCCAACAUAGCUGUGUUGAGCUACCUUUUAAGUGUAGACCAGGCCUGUGUUUAAAAUUGCUUCUGCUUUUCUAUGUAUGCCUAAUUCCAUCCCUUUGCUCCUUAAAGCUUACUAUUAUGUUGACCUCUUCCCACAUGCACCUGAUCCUUAUUUGUAUGUGUUUUGUUUAGUUGACAUGAUCAGACACUUCUUGAGGCUGGUCCUUAUUUUCCUACGAAUCUGUAAAAAGUCACUAGCACCACAAACAUCAUAAUCCAGAUUUCUAUUUUUGGUGCUGUAUACUUCAGAAUUAAAAUACUACACCUUUUUA